GACGGGACAGGACAGGAGGAGAAGGCGGUGCCACGUGGGGCGAGCCGGGGCCGGGCCGCCAUGAGCUGGGGGCGGCCGUGGGCCGGGGCGGAGAGGCGGCGGCAGCAGCCGCAGCAGGAUGAGCGUGGCCGUGCCCAUGCCCAUGCCGGCGCCGCCAUGCAGCCGGAGCCGGAGCCGGGCCGGGCCCCGCGGAGCAUCCCGCGCUGGCGGCGGCGCGUGGCGGCGGCCGGGCUGACUUGCACGGCGCUGGUGCUGUGCGCCUGCCUGCGGGACCUGCCGCCGCCCAGCCCCGCGCCGCCGCUCCCGUCCCUGCCCCGGCCCCGGCCGCGGCCCCGGCCCCUGCGCGGCGGCCGCACCGUGCUGCUGUGGUGGGAGCCCUUCGGGCGCAGCCAGCGCCUGCCCGACUGCCGCCUGCGCUUCAACAUCAGCGGCUGCAGCCUGAGCGCGGAGCGGCGGCGCUACGCCGAGGCCGCGGCCGUGCUCUUCCACCACCGCGACCUGGUGCGGCACGGGCGCGGGCAGCUGCCUCCCGGCGCCCCGCAGCGCCCCCCGGGGCAGCGCUGGGUCUGGAUGAACUUCGAGUCGCCCUCCAACUCGCCCGGGCUGCGCGGCUGGGGCGGGCUCUUCAACUGGACCAUGUCCUACCGCCUGGACUCUGACGUCUUCGUGCCCUACGGGGCGCUGCGGGCGGCGCGGGCGCAGGGGCCGGGGCGCCUGGUCCCGCCGCGCAAGACCAAGCUGGUGGCCUGGGUCAUCAGCCACUGGAACGAGGAGCACGCGCGGGUGCGCUACUACCGCCAGCUGCAGAAGUACCUGCCCGUGGACGUGUACGGGGCGCAGGGCCUGGCGCUGAAGGAGGGCGGUGUGGUGGGGACGGUGUCCGAGUACAAGUUCUACCUGGCCUUCGAGAACUCGCAGCACACCGACUACAUCACCGAGAAGCUGUGGAGGAACGCCUUUGAGGCCGGCGCCGUGCCUGUCGUGCUGGGCCCCCGGCGGGCCAACUACGAGCUCUUCGUCCCACCCGACUCCUUCAUCCACGUCGACGACUUCUCCAGCCCCCGGAAGCUGGCCGUCUACCUGAAGUUCCUCGAUAGAAACCCACAGAGCUACAGGCGGUAUUUUGCCUGGCGUGAGAAGUACGACGUGCACAUCGCGUCGUUCUGGGAUGAGCACUACUGCCGGGUUUGCGAGGCCCUCCAGGCAGCUGGCGACCACCAGGUCAAGACCGUGCAAAACCUGGCCAGCUGGUUUGAAAGCUGAUGGCUUUGGGUGGGGAGGCUCACUUGGCCAGCUUCUCCCAAAGCCCAGCUUAAAGAGGGCAGCAUUUCUCAGGGGUUAGAGACCCUGCCAAAAACUAGGGACCAUGGAAAUUGCUGGGGAUGAGAGAAGGUCAGCAAGCUUUUGGAGCUCUAGGGUUGCCUUGUGAGUUGCCAUCGCCGGGCUGUGACAGCCCCAGCACUUCCUCCAGUCCAACAUUUGCCUAGUCAUGAGCUCCCCUAGGCAUCCCAAGCUGAAACCAUAAUCGUUGCACAGAUCGAUACGAAUAAACUGUGCCAAUUCUAUAGCCAUACAGCUGUAACCAGUUUUCUCAGUUACUGCCAUUCCCAGGAUGAUGAAACUUCUGUAUGCUUCAAGGAGAUACAGGAUCAGUGCUGGCACUUCAUAUUUUUAUUCCCGUUUGAGAACGUAUUUGCCUGCUACACAGAGGCACAUUUAUUUAAAGGCAUACAAAACACUUUUGCAGACAAAUCCUGAGCCUCAAGCUUGGAAUUGGAAUGAUCCACCAGUAUGCUGCUGGCACUUACCAGCAAUGUUUUAAAUUGCAAUAGCUAAAAAUGCAAUGAGCAAAUACAAACAUUUGACUGUGCACCCUAAGAAUUUCAGUGAGCCGAGGCACAAGCACAUGAAAAGGAAAAGGAACGGGUGCGAGUAGAACAUCCAGCUUUUACGCAACUUUACUUGAAGCAUUUCCUUCAUUGCUUGUUGAAAUCAAGGGGAUGAAGGUUAAGAAGAAGACAUGUAGGAAUAGGAAGGAAUGUAAAAACAAUGUUGGAACACUUCUAUUUUGCUUUAUUCAGGAAUGUGUUUACAGGAGCCUGCGUGGUUUUCCCUGCCAACCUACUGCCACAUAGAGAACAGCAGGGGCAGGGUUAGAGCUCUACAGCUCCCUACAGAAGUUCUCAAACUACAUCCGAUGUAUUUAUGAAAAGGUUAAUUUAUUUCUAUAUCAUCACGAGACAUUUUUAUCAUAUAAUAAUCGUAGCUUGCAACAUGCAUUUUCAUGGAGAAUCAUAGAUUUUAAAACAUUUUAUGAGGUGAGAGGUAAUUUGAUACGCUGCUUUGCAGGCUGUAAAAACAGUUACCUUUCCUGUUAGAAUAACAUAGCUUAGAUGGUUUUCUGCAAUCGUUUUAAAGUAUUGGACGGUACCAGGAACAAAUGCAAAUAGGUGAGGAUAUCUUUCUAAUAUUUAUUGAGUUUGUGUUUUCUGAUGCUUUUAUUCUCCAUUUUUGUUUUCUUCAAGGUGGGUAUGUAUUUUUUUUGCCCAGGUAGAAUGACAUCAAUAUAAUCAGAAGUUUUUUAGUCCAUGCCUGUAAGGGCAUGUCUCCACUAUGCUUUGCAGUGCUGUGCAGGGAUAUUUGAGCUAGCUUUGAACCAUUUAGCCUGUGUACAUAAAGCAGUGUGUUAGCAUAGAACUUUUCCUGGCCUAUUUAGUCCUUCUGAUAAGUUGUUAGGCUUACAAAUAGUGGGUCCCAGCACUUCCAGGCAAUUAUGCCACUUUGCCUGACUGAGAUCUUUGCUUUUAGUAGUCGCUGGCUGCCACUUCCUAGCUCCUGCCACCUGUAGCAUCUUCACAGCUUUACACUAACCCUAAGGAACUUCUGGGGACUUGAACCCCAUUGCACCCUACUAGCCCAUACCAAUGUCUAACUAUGGGCCUCAUCCUGUUUCUGUUAUGUCCAUGACUUCAGUCCAAGGGAAAGCAUAGAGCUCCAAAGGAAAAGAGAGGGCAACAAGACUCUUUGAAAAUAUUUGAGGUACCAGUACAAGUAAGUUUACCAGCAUUGGGAACCAGUGUUGAGAAGGGUAAGCAGUAAACUUCUGUCAAGUUGCUAGCCUUAUGAUUUAUUUAUUGUCAGAACAUUAUACCAUGUCUUAAAUCAGAGCAGCGUCCCAGUGGCUAGAGUGAUGGUGAACUAAAACUUCUGUAUAUUGCAGAAAAAAACCUUUUGUUAAUAAUAAAUGACAGUCCAUGAGACACUUUCACAGAGCUGUCAGAUCACAUCAUGCUAACCCAUGUCUUAUUUGUAGCUGCUUAAGUGCAAUAAAAUACAGCUAAAAGUACUUGAUGUAGUUUUUUGACAUUACUGUUUGAUGGUAGUAAUGACCACAAAUGCCCUAAAAUAGUAUGUGAUAUAGUGGCAGGGAAAAGAAUCAGCUGAAUGUGGGAUUGUCUUUUCAUUAAAAUGUCCACCUUGUGAAAGAAAGUCGAGGUCUCCUGCUUAUGUGAUAUAAUUUAAGGUUCUAGCAUAUCCUUCACUGCAUAAGCUCACCUCUUUAUUUGCACAGAAAGCAUUAGAUCAGGCUGCUUUUUUAAGAAUUAUGGUUUGGUUUUUUUACACUUCUAAAAAUAAGGUUCAAGUAAGGUGUGUCAAGGAAUUCAUCUCUUGAUUAUUUGGUUGUAGCUGUGUUGGUCUAAGGACAUAGGCAGGCAAGGUUCUUUGAGCAGAUGUGAUAUCUUUUAUUAGACUAACUGAGUAGUUGGAAAAAAGUUCUUAGCAAGUUUUUGGGUGCAGUCACCCUUCUUCAGGCAUAGGGAGUCUCUGGUGGUCUUGAGAGUCUCAGACCAGCAGAGACUUCCUAUGUCUGAAGAAGGGUGACUGUGCCUGAAAGCUUGCUAAGAACUUUUUUCCAACUACUCAGUUGGUCUACUAAAAGAUACCACAUCUACUCAAAGAACCUUGCCUCUCUUUUGGUUAAUCUUCCUGUUUGCUUCCUACUGGUUUCACUAAAACACAGAAAGCAAUCCACAUUCCUAAGGUGGCCAGCUAUUGCUUUUAGCAAAUGGAUAUUGACAGUAAGUUUUUUUUUUUCAGCAUUACUUUUUUAUUUUUUAAGAGAGCUGAGAAGUUUCUCUACAUGCAAUCUUUCCUGAAAUCGUUAGGCAGAGAGUUUUCACGAUCAGACUCCAGUAUUUAGCAGACUGUGGCUAAUUCUUUCUCCUUGUAUUUUUAACUUAAGCAACCAUUAAAAUCUUAACACACAUGGUCACAUGGGCUGAAUUUUAUAAAAUACACCAAAUACCUUAAGUUCUCUUGAUUUUCAUCAGGUAUUGGUUUCAGAUCAUUUUAAAAAAUAAUUUUCAUAAAGAAAAUCACUGUCACACUGUUUUUCUAAAUUUACUGAGUAUUUUUAAAUGUGUAAGGUGAACAUUGUACAUAUAUUGUAAUUACUAUGGGACUUAUUAAGAAAAGCAGCUCUUGCCUGCUUCAAAGCUUUGUUUGAGCACUGCUCAAUCUUCCUUUAAAAUUUAUCAGAGAAAAUUCACCUGUCUAGAGGUACAACUCUGUUAAAGCCAAAAAUGUUGCAUUCCCAUAAGCUUGUUUGGAUUUUGGUUCACUUGCAGGAGGAACUGACAAGAAAAUAUGAAAAUAUUAAGUGGACUGUUAUAGCUUAAGGCCCAACAUCUGCAAUCAAAUGUAUUAGUGUGGAGCCCUAGGAUUUGCAUUAGCAGAUCUGAUUGAAGGAUGGGGGACCAAAUGCCUGAGAUGUGUUAGGGACUGUAUAAUCCAUCCACAAAAAUUGAAUUAAUGUUUUUCCCAUUCUGAGAGGGGAAGAAAACUCACGUGUGUAUAAAAUUAUAGAGAAAGAAUGACAUUGGAAAAAGUGAUUUAUUACAUGCCUUAAAAUACAGGGAAAUGGUCAGUAUCUUUUUAAAAUUAGAAAAUAAAUAUUACAUCUUGAUUAUCUGAUUCAAGUGAAAUAGGAAUAUAUAUGAGCCUUUAUUUUAAGGACAUAUGUGACUAGUAUUAUAUCUCAGGGAAUUUUAUACUAUCACGUCUCUUAAUCCUUCUAAAUUGAAGUACUUUUAUACUUGUGUUAAUUAUGUAGAAUUACACACAAUAAAGUUAUUAACAGAAAUAA